ACCACCUUUCUUUAUUCAAAUGCGUAGCCCGCCACCAUCCACAUUCAAAAUUCCUUCUCUUUUUACCUUUUUCAUGCCAUUGCUUUUCCCUUUUUCUCAACUUUCACGCUUGAAAAACUUCAAAUUUUGAAAUACCCACAACCCAAAAAUCUUUUCUUCUCUUUCAACAAUUCGUUUUCUCGUCUGGGUUCUUCAACUUUUUCAUGAAUUUGGCCCCUAAUCGUUUCUAUACUUUUAGUAAAUCACAUUGUUCGUGUUUAAUUUAAUUGGCAUUGCGAAAGUUUCCUUUUUUAGGAGGGUUUUGACUGGUGAUUUAAGACAUCAUGAAGUUCUUAUCCCAUUCUUCUUCAAUCUCAUCAUCUUCAUCUGUUUCUUUUGAUCCCAACAUGUGCACUUCAAAAAGUGCCACCGCCGGAUGUCUUGCCGGAAUCUUGCGACGAAUUCUCUGCUCCGGCAGCCUCCCUACACACCCAUCGGAUCACAUUACAGAACCCAAUUCAAUUCCGUGUGAUCACCCUCGACAAGAUUUCAACUUUAAGGCUGAGCAGGAUCCCAAGGUGAGUCCAGGGAUUGUGGCAAGGCUUAUGGGUUUGGAUUCAAUGCCAAACAUCAACUUGGUUAAUACCCAACUGAAUCCUAAUUCAAUCACAAGAAGCAGAUCAUUGAAUUCUGUUGAUUACAAAGCAUCAGAAAAUGAGUAUCACUUUCAAAAAAAUCUCCACAGAAGGGUCAAAUCGUCGUUAUCAUUUAGAGAGAUGCCAAGUUUUGUUGAGCUUGAGACAGAGGAGUUCUUCAUACUCAGCUUUGAGAAUGAAAAUGAAAGAAGAGAAUUCACGCCCAAAAAGAAGAAAUCUGAAAAGGGUUUUGGGGAAUUGAAGCAGAGAAGGAAAGAGAAAUCUGAAAACAGAGAAAAGAAAAAAGAGGAGUUGAUCAGAAGGAACAACAGGACUUUUUUGAACUUAUCAAAAGAGAGCAAAGCCUCUGUAAAGCCUAUGCAAGAAGCUGCAGAUUCUAGCAGAACUAAAAAUUCAAACACUUGUUGUUCAUCUGAUAAUUAUAGUGAAGAAAUUAAUGUUGCUUCGAGGGGUUUAAGCAGCUCAGAAACCAGUUAUCAUGAGGAAGUUCUAAGUGAAACUGAAUCAAACAAGAAGAAGAUGAUGAGGAGGAGGAGGAAGAAGCAGAAAAGGCAUCACUUCGUGGAUAAGAGCAUUGAAAAUGAAACCAGCUCAGAGGAUUCUAGCCCUGUUUCUGUUCUUGAUUUUGAUAAAUUCAUCAUUGAUCAAGAAUUACCCACAUCAGAGAAAGAUCCAAGACAGGAAGAGUCAAACCCAAGAAGGAAACUUUGCCCAGAGCUUCAAAUCUACAGACAAUUAUCCCAAAAUGCUGGUAGCAAUUUGAUGGAAGAUGAUUUAACACCAAACAAAAUUCGAUCAAGAACAAGAGAUGGGGUAAACCAGAUUUAUAUAGACAUGUGGGGUGAAAUUUGCAGGAUGACUGAAACUGAGGUUGCGGAAUCAAAUUGGGUAAACAAACAAGUUUUGAAGAUUCAAGAUGAAUUAAAUGCAGAUUUUGAAUCACAGAUUCUUGAUCAAAUGUUAGAGGAGAUAGUGAUUCAACUUGCUGAAUUUCCCAUUAAAGCCUUAUACUAGUAAGUUGUUGUUAAGACUUGA